AUGUAUAUUCGCAACGUUGUUCUCGCCGGCCUCGCCGCCGCCAGCACCGUGCAAGCCUUCAAUGAAACCGUUGAACACGAUGGCUGGAUAGUCGAGUACCCGGUUCCGGUCGCCCAGAAGAAGCGUACACUGUCCGGUAUACUCGGCGUUCUCGAGGGGCUCCUCCCAAAGCCGUCUUCGCCUCCCGCCCAGGGAGGUACUUGCCCCCCCAUCUGGACGCAAAUCUCCGCCACCCUCACCCAGCAGUUUUCGGCAAACGGCCAGUGCACAGAUGCGGCCAGAGCGGCUAUCAGAGCGGCAUUUCACGAUUGCUUCCCGGGAGCUUGUGAUGGCUCGCUCAUCCUCGCCAAUGAGUGCGCUCAGCCGGUGAAUGCCGCCAUGACGCGCAUCUGCAGCAACCUUGCAAACGUUGCCUCGCAGACCAAAGUGGGCGUGGCCGAUCUCAUCCAGUUCGCUGCUGCACACGCCAUCAAGACAUGUCCUGGCGGCCCCAUCGUCCCCGUCAAAGUAGGCCGCAAGGACUCCAGCGUGGCAAACGACAUUGCCAUUCUGCCCAGCGGCUUUGCCCGGGGAGACGACCUGGUCCGGCUAUUUGGAUCCAAGGGGUUCUCGCCCGUCGACCUUUCCGCUCUCAUCGGCGCUCACAGCACAGCCAAGCAACAGGGCACCGAUCCGGCGCGCGCGGGUGCAGCCCUCGACACCACGCCCGGUGCCUGGGACGUCAAGUACUACAGCGAGACGCUUGCGGGAACCGCUCCUUUUACCUUACAGUCUGACAAGAACAUUGCACGCAACCCUGCUACGGCCCAGUCCUUCCAGCAAUUUGCAAGGAGCCAGGGAGCGUGGAACGCUGCUUUUGUCCCGGCCAUGGUCAAGAUGAGCAUGAUGGGUGUAAAUCCCGCUGGCUUGAUCGACUGCACGAGCGCGCUUCCUGGCGGUAACAGGAAGAGGGAAGAGGAGGAGGAGGAGGAGGAGGAGAGGACCAUUUUUGGUCGUCUGAGAUUCUAGAUCUUGACAUGCCAACUUGCCAUUUUUCCCUUCAUCCACAUUACGACUGUUUCCUGUUUGUUAUAUCGUCUACUGUG